AUGCCGCGGAUGCGAACGUUAGCACAUCUUCACACGGCCGCAAAGCCCCACCCUGCGCGCGCGGAGGGGCCGUGUUUUGAAAUGCAGCGGGGUUUAGCGAGUUUUCCGCUGUCGCCGGCGGUGCGCGUGAAGCUGGUGACUGCGGGCUUCCAGACGGCUGAGGAGCUCCUGGAAGUGAAGCCUUCGGAGCUCAGCAAAGAAGUUGGGAUAUCUAAAGAGGAAGCCUUAGAAACUCUGCAAAUUAUAAGAAGAGAAUGUCCUACAAAUAAACCAAGAUAUGCUGGUACAUCUGAGUCAGGCAAGAAGUGUACAGCAUUGGUACUUCUUCAACAGGAGCAUACCCAGAGCUUCAUAAUUACCUUCUGUUCAGCAGUAGGUAAUAUUCUUGGGGGUGGAAUACCCUUAAUGAAAACAACAGAAAUUUGUGGUGCACCAGGUGUUGGAAAAACACAAUUAUGGUAAAAUAAAAUGUUCCCCUCUGAAGGGUGGGCUUAAUAAACAUUGAUUAAGACAGUUGUUCUGUGGGUUUACUAUUGGGAGACUCCUGUGUGAGUGUUUCAAGCGAAAACCAGUUUACCAUUUGUGUUACUUCAGUGCCCCAUCUUGAUAAAUUGAU